AAACGUAACUAAGUCUUCCCCCGCGCCAAUAAGACGUAUAGGGGCAAAUGGUGACGUAAUGCACUGACAGUGACUUCCCAUAUAAACGGCGAUAAGUCACUAGUAGCACAAAAAGUGACCCUAACUUUCGUGACCGAUAUGAGUAAACGUGGUUAAAGUAGUUUACUAAAGCUAAACACGUGAAAGUAAGAUAAUGAUAACCACAAACGCUACUAAAAGUUAUCCUCGCUGGCAUUCAGAACUUGCUUGACCACCCCCACCCCGUCUAGCGUUGAAGAAGUGGCUAACGCGGAGCUAGGCAAACAUCACUUGGCUAACCGGCUCCGUUGCCGGCUCGGUGGACUUAUCACGCCACUAUCUCGGCGUGUACGUGGUUGGUUGUGAAGCAGCGGUGCUGUCGAGCUGAAAGUGUACAACUGACAGCCAGCGCUGUGUCGUUACUUUGGCAGCCCGCUGCAUUGGAGGACAACAUCAUGAUAGCUAGCUAGCUUAGCCGGGCUUUAGCUUUAGCAAAACAAGAGCUCUGUUCUUUGGAGUCAGCUGAUCGGCUGCCGUAAGCUGCCAGCAGACCAGUGAUGGAUCAACUGAAAGUAAAGGAUCGCAUAUUGGAAAACAUCUCCUUAUCCGUCAAAAAGUUGCAGAGUUACUUUGCCGCCUGUGAAGAUGAGACUCCAGCUAUCCGCAAUCACGACCGGGUCCUUCAGCGCCUCUGUGAACACCUCGAUCAUGCUCUGCUUUAUGGCCUGCAGGACAUCUCCUCUGGCUACUGGGUCCUGGUCCUUCACUUCACCAGAAGAGAGGCCGUCCGUCAGAUCGAUGAGCUUCAGCACAUAGCAACCAACCUCGGUCGAAGCCGAGCAUGGUUGUACCUGGCGUUGAGUGAGAGCUCGUUAGAGAGCUAUCUGCGCCUCUUCCAGGAGAACCAUGCAUUAUUGCAAAAGUACUAUUUCAAAAACGCACUGGUCUGCAGUGAUGACCACCUCACGCUCUUCCUCACGCUGGUGUCCGGCCUGGAGUUCAUUCGCUUUGAUCUGGAGCUGGAUGUGCCCUAUUUGGACGUGGCCCCCUACAUGCCGGAAUACUACAAACCCCAGAACCUGCUGGACUUUGAGGAACGGCUUCCCAGCUCAGACAGCUUGUCCCUGCACUCCUUCACCUCCCUGACCUCCACCAACCUGGAGUGGGAUGACAGUGCCAUCGCUCCCUCCAGUGAAGAUUAUGAUUUCGGUGACAUCUUCCCCGUGUUGCGGUCAUUGCCAAGUGCAGACUGGGAAGAGGGAGACCUGACUGACCAGGCCAGCUGCCCGCGAUCCAGUGGCUCUGAUCCCCAGACGGUCGUCAGCGACACCGUGGUCCUUUCUACCGGUGCUGUGAAGGUGAGGGCAGCAGCUCAUCUGGCUCCGCACAGCCCAACGUACAGACACAACCCCUUCAACGAGGACUCGGACGCCAACACCUCGGCCGACGUCACGCCGGUUCAUUUGGCCAGCUGCUACGUCGCCGUCCCCGCCGGUGAUGUCACAGAGAGCGCCUGCAACGAGCUGGAGGUCAUCAGGAUGGCCAGGCGAAGGAAAACCUCGAGGAAGCGCCGAGGGAAGGGCUCCACGGAGUCUAUCAGCAGCCUCCACAACUCCGUCUCCUCUGAGCACUUGGAAAUGAACAACCGCCGAAUGUCCUCGGAGGACGUGGACUCGCUAAACGGCACCGCAAUUCAGCUGGAUGCAGAGGCCGAGCUGCGGAGAAGCCGGGUGGGAUCGGAGGUCGUGGAUGAAGGAGACGAGGGGGUUGAAGGGCUUUUAAGGCUCCCAGAGAUGACGGACACCUCCAUGGAAGCUCUGGGCCAGCCGCUGCGCGAGGUCAUGGACCGGCUCAACGGGGCUCUGGAUAGGGAGGAGGCCUGGGAGCACCGAGAGGGGGGGGAGGAGGAGGAGAGAAGGGGCUCAGAAUGUCACCGGGGUCCUGAACCCCCUACGCAGCAACCCUUUCGGGAGGAGUCCGAGGGAGAGCCUCCCGACCCAGCACCAGGAGAGACGUCCCUCUUCUUGCAGGCCGCUGCUGAGCCUGCAGAGUUAUGCUGCUUUACCCCCAACAGUUCAGACUCUACUCCCUCGGGUGGUAGCCACUAUGACUCUACAGAGCAUUGCCAGUCGCAAACUCUUUCAGGUGAUCUCGAAGAUGAAGGAGAUGCAAAAGCGUCAGCAGGACUGAAGGCCGGGGAGGUAGACACAGAGGAGGGAGAGAAAACUGUCCACAAUGAAUUUACUAAGGAAGCAGAGAGUUCUCAUCCUGCAGAGUUUAAGGUGGACAACAAUCACUUGCUUCUUCUCAUGAUUCACGUAUUCAGAGAGAACGAGGAGCAGCUCUUCAAGAUGGUGAGAAUGAGCACGGGUCAUAUGGAGGGGGACCUGCAGCCCCUUUACCUGCUGCUGACUGACUGUUACAUCUACCUGCUUAGGAAGGGUGCAGCAGAGAAACCGUACACAGUAGAAGAUGCCGUUUCCUAUAACGAGCUGGACUAUCUUUCAGUGGGCCUUGACCAACAGACAGUGGCAGUGGUUUGCACCAACAGACGAAGAAAAUUUCUGUUGGACACAGCUGAUGCCUCUCUGACUCUCUGGUUCCUGUCCGUUCUCGAGUCGGCCAUGGUGAAGGGUUGUCGUGAGCCUCCUUACCCUUCUGUGCUGACUGACGCUACCAUGGAGAAACUGUCUCUCACCAAGUUUGUCUCCCAGGAGUCUCAGUGUGAGGUAUGCGAAGUGUCUAUCCAACUGUAUUCACUGGUCCACUGGGAGGAUCCGAUGGACAUGGCUUUGUCACCCCAGGGUGGCCCACUGAUCUCUGGACUGCCUGCCAGCACCAAAGAGGGGGCUCUGCAGUACCGGGCUGGAAGCACCUACCUGGGCAAAGAGCUGUGGAAAAGCUGCUACCUCGUUCUCAGUAAGGGGAUUCUGUACCUGUAUGCAGAAAGAACAGAUGUGACACCUGUGCUGUCAGUCACGAUGGGAGGAGAGCACUGUGGUGGUUGCCGUCGCUCAAACAGCACGGAGCGGCCGCACGCCUUCCACGUCAUCCUGACGGAGCGGCCGGCUCUGGAGCUCUGCGCCAACAAUGAGCAGGACAUGGCCGAGUGGAUGCUGCUGCUCUGCCAGUCCGUCUCCAAAGGGGUCAUCCCUCAGGGUGUGGUCCCUGCUCCGUGUAUCCCGUGUUGCCUGGUGAUGACAGACAGGAAGCUGCUUACCUGCCAUCAGGACUGUCAGACCAGCUUCUUCCGUUCGCUUGGCAGCACCGAUAUCUGUGAUGUCACUUCCGUCAGCGUGGAGGCCAACAAGGAGUACUGUGUCAUUGAGUUUGCAACUGAUCGGUCCCAGUUCCUCCCUCCAUGGGUGUUGUACUUCAGUGGCUGUGAAGAGAGAGAUCGGCUGCUGAAGGCGUUGGACAAAACGUGGAAGGCCGUUUACCAGGUGGAUCUUCCCCACAGAGAAGUGCUGGAUCCGUCUGUGCAGAAGCGCUGCGGCGAGGCCCUCGCCCUGAUGAAUAGCGCUUGGCAGAGGGCGGACAGUCUGGCCCGGGGCAGAGCCCAGCGUGAGCCCUGGUGCUGACAGACAUGCACGCGUACACUAAGCUGCGGUUCUCCAAUGAGACGGACUAUUGGGGUGAACAGUCUUCUAUGGCUCCAGGAUACGCAGAGUAACUCUGGCCUUCAGUCUGUGUCACUGUAAACUGAGCUGAAAAUCAGACGAGGUUAGUGGUCGAUGCACUACAGCACAAGCAUGUGAAGCACCUCUGAUUCACUGAUGAAAUGUUUCUACCAGAGAAACAUCCGGCAGAAGCGGUAAUGCAUAUGGCACACCGUAACAUUCUGGCUUCAAGUGAUAUAAAUCAAUAUUAACAGACAAUUUGCAAUCAAUUCAAGUUACCCAUUGCUAUUAUUCCUUUAUAGAGCUUCUUAAGAAAUAGCAGAGAUGCAGAUCAAGACGAUAUGAGUCCUUCUUGUUUUGUGCCAUCCGUGUAGAUAAAGCCCCGUAGGAAAUGGGGAUGGAUAAUUAUAGAAGUUGUGAUGCAAAGACUUUAAAACCCACCACCAUUACAUACUGCGAUUCAUUACAUCCUGCUGAAUUGACUGGGAAUUCUGCCCGCACAAAGUAAACCUCGACUUUGAGGCCUGAACAGGAAAAAAAAAACAUUUACUGCAUCGAGGAAGCUAAGCGCGGCGGGGGCGACAAGGACCCGUUUCCAGCAGCUUCACUGCACAGUGACUUAGAAACAAAACCAAUCGGAUGUAUGUCAGGAGCAGUUGAUGCUUGUUCGCUACGUGGAAAAAGUUCACCAUCCUUGCCUUGCACACACAGAAGUGACGCCCUCUAACCUGCACAAGCCACACAACUGUGUGAAGAUAAGCCACUCCUUAGUACCAGUUCUACUGAACCGGUACGGUUAUAGAGCCAAUGUACAGCGCUGUACAGUCAACGCAUAAUCCUUGAUGGUUAUGUAUGGGUCUGAUAUUCAGUUAAAGUGCACAAACCUCUACACUGAAUUCUUGUCACGUAGGACAUUUGCUUGAUAGAAUCGGGAUCUCAAUAUGAAGAAUAUUUGGAUGUUGAACAGUUGCACUGUAAACAACACGCUCAUUCUCCAUUUGAGAACCACCAAUUUCCACGCUGUCACACGUUGAACGAAACAGAAGAAAAAUGACUAUCAGGAAAACAAAAGACUUUAUCUCCACCCUGCAGAGACGAGUGGAGGCUUCCAUGCAGACUUGCACAUUGUUUUUGCUGUUAGUCUUUUUUAAUGGUAGAAGUUUUUUUUAAUAUAACAUGCUUUUUAUGACCUUUGCGGAGAAAGUGGGAACAAUUGUUACAAAAUGAUUUAAUUGAGGGAGCAACAUGAUGUGUUACAUAUAUGUCCUCUUAUUGUGGGCCAGCAUGGAGGAAGUCUGUUUCUGACUGAGCUACAAGUCCUCUUUAAUUGCCUGUUUUUAUUUUUUUUUUGCACCCGUGGUUGGUGGCACGUUACUACACAGUAUGAUCUGGCCACUCUACUUACUGAAUACAUCCCUUCCCCCAUGAGUAAUGUAGUGGUGCGAGACCAUGUUUGAUGUCUAUUGAAUUCUUAAAGCUAGAAUCUCAAACCUUGAUUUUAUUCUCUGAAUAGUUGCAGGUGUCUUUUUGGAUCAAACUUUCCAGUUGUCCCAACAGUGUCUGUAGUCAUUUUCCUGGGAAUGUUGCCACAGACACCCAGUUCAUAAUAAUGCAGUUGCAGGGGGUAUCACCAGUGGGCCAUACAUGCUUAACACCAUUGUGUUAUCUCAUAGCAGUUCAUUAAUCCCAAAAGAUAGUGACUCGGCAGACCAUCGUUUAAAGAAAACUCUGAGAUUAUUACUUUAAAUAGAGCAUUUUUGCAUCUCUUCUUAGCAGAUUCUUAUUUUUAAGUAGUCUGUAAUGUCUUCGAGUAGCAAAGCUUUUCUUGGAAAUGGAAUAGGAAUUAGAAGACCCUAAACCACCCUUCACACUUUCCCUACGGUUCUAGGCACCAGAUGGUUCUGCAUGUGUUUCAAUCUGUUCUCAUCUGAGAUCUGCGUUGAGAUCUUCCUAGGAGUUAUUUUGCAGUGACAAUGUAGCCUUUCCGUCAGCCUUGACUGAACUGGACAAAACCUUUUACACAUAUGAGACACUAUUUAUCCUCACUACGUUGAAACUAUCUUCCUGAGUUUAUGUUGUUUCUGGUUUCUCAUCUUUUCACUCGUCUGAGGCUAAAAAUGUGCUGUAUGUUGGGCUCGCUGUCAACCUCGAUACUCUAAGCAUAUACUUGUUAGCGUGUUGAACAGUGCUCUCCUCUGUAGCUGCGUUUUUCAGUUAAGAAUAAUAACAUCUGUUGUGUCAAAGUUGCUUCUAUAGUAUAGUAUGAUACUGACAGAACGGUUCAAAUGAUACCCAGACCUAUACAUGUGUCACUUAUUGAUUGUGUCCUUCGUGUUACCUUCACAUCAGCAUUAAUCAGUGCUUUAAGCCUUUCUAAGUGCCACUUGGUCUCUUCUAUCUUUUUUAUUAAUUUUUUUUUAACAAAAAAAUCGAUUCUCAGGUGAAAAGGGUACAUCACAUCCAAAACCUUAAGACCUACUGUGUGUUGUAAGUCCGGUUUUCUAUUUUGGUUUGAUGCAGCAUUAUGAAAUUAUUUUGCUCACACAGACCCGGGAGAAAAAUAAUAUUAGGUGUUGAAUGGGUUCUGAGAUGAUAAGUUGGGUGUCUUCAGGAUUUAAGGAGAGAACACUUGCAAUAGUUGGACUUGAAAUGUUUGUUGGGUUAACAACAAAGAAUCAACUGCAUCUAGUUGUGGCCUAUAAAGUGUAUAUAAAUACAAAAUUAAAGCAAGUCUAUUUGAGCAGUGUUUUGAAUUGGGGACAUUGCUGGCCAAUGGUGGAUGACAUCGUCUGAGUAAAGCAUUGUGGUGAAAAAAAACGCUUUUUGAUUUUGUUCGUAACGGUAUUAUUGCAUGUCAUAUAUGUAUGAUGUUUAAAGGUUUUAUUGAGUUGUAAAUAUAGCACUAAUCAAAUUUAAAAUAUUGUGUACUCACACAUGAAUAUGUGCAUUCCCACAGGGUUUUACACUGUUCAUAAUGGUAAUGAAUGUACAAAUAAACCUUUGUGAUUGGCAGCCUAACUGAAUAAACUGAAACAAAACCUCGG